AUGUCAAAGAAGUUUGACUUUUUGCGUGCAAAUUCAGACAAAGCACUCAAGAGUUGCCCAUGGUUGGAUCGGGUAGCCGGUGGAGUUGGCGCUUGCUUUGGAGAGAUAUAUCAGGUUUUGGAGUUGUUCCGUGAAUGGGUCAGCAAGCUUGAGGAGCCGCGUAGGACUUCAUGCCUUGGCCAAGCCAUUCGACAUCAAGCUUUCGAGGCUGCAGUCUUGCUGACAGUGGUGGCCAAUAGCAUUUACAUUGCCUACGAAACAAAUUACCACAUGGCCACGCUUGGGCAGCAAGCUGUGGAAUUUGAUGAAACCGCGGUUGAGAUUUGCUUCUUGGCAUUAUUCACCAUGGAGAUUGCUCUCAGAAUGUUCGUACAUCGGCUCUAUUUCUUUGUGAAUGAUGACUGGUUAUGGAACCUGAUGGACACUGGCUUGUUGUGUCUGGCAUAUGUCGAUCAAGCAUUGCUUCUGGGAGGGGCAGUUGGUAAAGUUGGCCUGCUGCGAUUGCUGAGACUGGCGAGGCUUUUCCGAAUCGUACGCGUUCUUCGCUACUUGAAAGAAGUCCGGGUCAUGCUUGUGGCAAUACUGGGUUCAUUCCUAUCUCUAUUUUGGGCGUUGCUUAUGCUGGCCGUGAUCAUUUUUAUGUUUGCUAUUUACUUCAUGCAGCAGAUGACAACAUACCUCUCUAUAACCCCAUCUGAUGACGAGCUGUGGUCAUUGCAACUGGACUACUUUCAGAACACUGGUCGUGCCAUGUACGUUCUGCUCAUGGCAACAACUGGCGGAAAGGAGUGGGAAGAAGUGUAUUUGCUUCUCGCUCCUUUGGGCGCUGAUUGUACCGUAGCCUUCACAUUCUACCUCCUGUUUUUUACAUUGGGAGUCCUCAAUAUUAUCACAGGCGUCUUUGUGGAGAACGCAUCGGUGCUUUUCAAGCCCGACGAUCGCGAGGCAUUGCAGGAGUCUAUGCGACAAGUUCAAGAGGACAUUGAACAGGUGACGGCAAUCUUGGAAGCAAUGGAUGUGGAUGGCUCUGGCAUUCUUUCCACAAGACAGGUUAUAGAUGCUAUGCAAGAUGACAUGUUUGAGCAUGCCUUGCACACAAUUGGCAUAGAUAUCCGGAUGCCGGAGCACUAUUUUAAUACGUUGUCAUCAGUCACCGGGCAAGAAGAGCUUUCCAUUGAUGAAUUUGUGGCGCACAUAGUUCAGAUGAAGGGCUCAGUGUCACGGCCAGACUUGCAGACGCUUACUCUUGAGACAGCUUUGCUACAGAAGCUUGGCAUUCCUGGCUACUUUUUGGACCGUCCGAAGCCCUCAUGA